UCUAGGAUACAGCGGAUAGCGUUCCUGCCUGACAUAUGCCUAUGUGCCCUCCAGAGUGUGGGGAUGCUGCCAGUGGAGCAUUUUCACCUCAAGCAUGUCCUGCAGGCAGUAUGUGGGCUGGAGGCAGUCGUCCUCCGCAGUUUUGGCCCAGAGGGAGGACAGGUGCUGUUCACCAGAGACACAGGACAGGCCAUGUUGAGCCGAAGCGGGACACGCAUUCUCACAGCACUACGACUUGAGCAUCCAUUGGCUAGGAUGGUAGUGGAGUGUGUCUGGAAGCAUAGCACUGUAACAGGCGAUGGAUCUAAGACCUUUAUCCUACUGCUGGCGUCAUUGCUACGGAUGAUUCAUACAAUGGCCUGCAAGGAGCCUAAUGUGUCUCACAGUUAUAACUCCAGGGAAGCAGCCGAGGCUGCCACUGCCAGGUGCUUGGCUGACGAACUGCUGGCAUUUGCAUUGGAGGAAAUGGAUGAUCUCAUUGCUAUAGGAGUGGUCCCUUAUGGAUUCUGUGAUUUGUGGGAAGGUUUCACUGCAGAAACACAAUCACCAGCUCAUACAAACAAUCAUGGAGUGCAAAAGCUGCUAGCAUCAUUCUUUCAUACUCGUCUUGGUCAAAUCCACUGUGACUACAUAAGCAACCUAGCAUGUCAACUACUCAGGCAUUUGAAGUUUAAAAAGGACCAACCUUUUUUAGCACUUCAGUUUGUAAAUGACAACUUCCCUGCACUGCAUACACCUGUAUCAGGCUUCCCUAUUAGCUGUUCACGUUUGAUUGAGGGGCAGGUCAUUCACAGGGACUUUGCUAUGCCCUGCCCUCGGACUGACCAACAGCCAGUUAAAGCUGUAGUUUUCACCGGGUACCUGCAGCCACAAUUGUUCAGUGCAGGAGAUGUGCUUGAGGUGGGAUGUGGAAACCACAUGAUAGAGGAGAAUUCAAGGAAGGAGAAAAGUAUUGUGGAGUUUAGUGCGUGGUCAGAAAGGUCACUAGAAUGUGUUAUUGCAAAUCUGCAAAGUUUGGGUGUCUCUGUGCUUCUGUCUGCAGUGAAACAGUCUGCUGCUGUCAUGGCUUUAGCUGCACAGGCAGAGAUGUGGGUUGUGGAGUGUAUCAGUGAAGAUGAGCUGUCUCUCUUUGCCCAGCUAAGUGGGACAACACCUGUUUCAGACUGCUGGAUCAUUGAACCAGUGAAUGUUGCUACUCUGACCUUUUGCCGUCCAAUACUACUGGGAGUCCAUAGAUAUGUCCAUGUGGCUUUCCAUGAUUUAGAGGAAAGGGUUAUGGUCAGACCCUCUAGUCUGGUCAUUUGUGGCCCAGGGGAAGGGCAAACAGACCAGUAUGCCUGUGCGUUUCAAGAUGCCAUCCGCAUGCUCCUUACAACUUGCAAACCCGUGGGUAUGACUGCAGCUACAAUAUCAAAAAGGACCUUACAGUCACAGAGAAGCACAUCUUUACAUACAGAUGAUCGCUCUAAUAAAAUCGCCUACAACUCCUUCCAGCAGCGUGUGCUGGUGCCCAGCUGCGUUAUACCUGCAGGUGGGACAUUUGAGUUUCUCUUAAAUCAUGCCCUCUUACAUCAUGGCCGCAGUUCCUCAGUUUCUGACAGCACAAAUAUCCCUGCUGUUUCCCAGCUCUUGGCAAAUGUUUUACUGAGUGUGCCUCGGCAGAUUUACUCUCAUAGUCCGCGACAUUUCCUGCAGAUUCAAUCCAGGGUCAUGAGUUUUAUUCCUAAUAAUUCCCACGCUUUCAACCUCCUAUACAAACAAGAACACAACAUAAGCCUCAUACAGGGUCAUGGUACUAGUGAAAUUCCUCUGAAGGAUGGUAAACUAAGUAUGCAUUGUUGCAGAAAGGCUGACAUGUCAUCAAAAGUUUUUAUGUUGGACUUGGGCCUUGAAUCUGUCUCCUGUAAAUAUGAGCUGCUUCUGGCCGUCCUGCAGUGUGUCACAAGUCUUCUCCGGGUGGACACGGUGCUGUGUACACACACAGCCUUGCACACACAGUCACGCAGACUCACAAACAUUUCCUGGGAGGGCACAGAGGAUGAGGCUGAGGACUGAGAUUGUAUUGUAUCCCAUAAACAUAUUUUCUCUUUUCAUAGUUUCUCAGGUAUCAAAAGUUGGAGGAAAUAAUUUGCACUUUAUUGCAGACUGCUACAGACAUUUUUGUAUGGCCAUUGCAUUUUUUCUUUGUCCCAAUGCAAUACACUGUAUAUGUAAUGCAUUUAUUUGUAAUGCAAGUCCACUGCACUCCUACAGAGAUACUAAAAUUACAUUUCAUGGCAGUACUGUUGUAUGGUGCUGUUUAUAGGCCAAUAGAAUUUUAAGGUAGUUCUGUACCAUUCUGUCAUGAAGCAAGGCUAGGUUUGGCAAUAACAGUAAAAAAAAAAAAAAAAAGGACUAAUCUGUACAACGUACAGAGUGUGCAGUUGUUAUCAAAUCAUUUUAAGCAAGUGAGGGAGUAAGUGUUGAUAUUGGCCUCUUUCCUUUUAACGUCUCAUUGUGGUUCCUUUUUUUUAACAUUUCUCCUCCUUAUCUCAGUUUUCCUGCCCUCUUCCUCUGGCCAGUAAACAUUCUGUUAUAUAAAAAGCAUACACACUGGACACAUCUCCUCACAAAUUUACACCCUACUUUUUAUAAUCAGUGUUAUCUCCAUAAUGGGGGUGGGGUAUCUGAAUGGCAUCACAAGGCUGUCAACAACCAAAUCAAAGUGUACUUCCUUGUGCUGUAAUCAGGAGAGUGCUAAGUCUAUUCUCACCUCUUUUUAGGGAAAUGGUGAGUCAUUAGACAUUAACUAGGGUCACUGCCAUACAUAAGUGUUUACUGUUUACGGUAAUCACUCUGUGAAACUAGUUUUGAACACAAAUUUUCCAUAAAUGAAUUGUGCUGGGAAGAGUUCUUGGCAUUGUUUCUGUUUUGAAGUGUGUCUCAACAUGAAUCACACUUGAUAGUUGCUGCAUGAGUCACAUGUGAUGGUUGCAAAUAUCAAAGAGGGGAAAGCUCGGGAUGUUAUUUUUCCACUGUGCACGCAGAAGCGAACCUAAAUAUUGUUUUCAGUUUUAUCAAGGCAUCUACACCCUGCUAACCCUAGCAUGCCCCUAAUGUCUAACAUAUCUUAAUGUAACACGCCAAACGGUCAAUUUAACUUUGAUGAUUUGUUUUGUAUACUUAAUGAACUUAAGUUAGUGACCUGCUGAAAACAGGCCUAAUAAAACAUUUCAGCUAA